ACACACCCCGGGCGACUCAGGACAGCUGGUGGAGGGCGAAGACUCCGUGGGAACCAGCUGUUUGCUGACGUUGGGGACCAGAGACCUGUGGCCCAUUUGCCUCGAUAUCCUCUGCACGACCCCAGAGCCUGGCGAGGCACAGCGGCCGCGGCGAUGCCGGACCCCGCGGCGCACCUGCCCUUCUUCUACGGCAGCAUCUCGCGCGCCGAGGCCGAGGAGCACCUGAAGCUGGCGGGCAUGGCCGACGGGCUCUUCCUGCUGCGCCAGUGCCUGCGCUCGCUGGGAGGCUAUGUGCUGUCGCUCGUGCACGACGUGCGCUUCCACCACUUCCCCAUUGAGCGCCAGCUCAACGGCACUUACGCCAUCGCCGGCGGUAAGGCGCACUGUGGCCCCGCGGAGCUGUGCGAGUUCUACUCGCGCGACCCCGACGGACUGCCCUGCAACCUGCGCAAGCCGUGCAACCGGCCGUCGGGCCUCGAGCCGCAGCCCGGCGUCUUCGACUGCCUGCGCGACGCCAUGGUGCGCGACUAUGUGCGCCAGACUUGGAAGCUGGAGGGCGAGGCCCUGGAACAGGCCAUCAUCAGCCAGGCUCCCCAGGUGGAGAAGCUCAUUGCCACAACAGCUCACGAGCGGAUGCCCUGGUACCACAGCAGCCUGACCCGCGAGGAGGCAGAGCGCAAACUCUAUUCCGGCUCGCAGACGGACGGCAAGUUUCUGUUGAGGCCCCGGAAGGAGCAGGGCACUUACGCACUGUCCCUGAUCUAUGGGAAAACUGUGUACCACUACCUCAUCAGCCAGGACAAGGCGGGCAAAUACUGUAUUCCUGAGGGGACCAAGUUUGACACGCUCUGGCAGCUGGUGGAGUACCUGAAGCUGAAGGCAGAUGGGCUCAUCUACUGUCUAAAGGACGCCUGCCCCAACACCAGUGCCAGCGCAGAGGCUGCUGCUCCCACACUCCCAGCCCACCCAUCCACGUUCACUCACGCUCACAGACGGAUUGACACCAGCUCAGAUGGGUACACCCCGGAACCAGCACGCCUAGUGUCUGCAGAGAAAGCACAGUCAAUGCCCAUGGACACAAGUGUGUAUGAGAGCCCAUACAGUGACCCCGAGGAGCUCAAGGACAAGAAGCUCUUCCUGAAGCGGGACAACCUCCUCAUGGCUGACAUAGAACUUGGCUGUGGCAACUUUGGCUCAGUACGCCAGGGUGUCUACCGCAUGCGCAAGAAGCAGAUUGACGUGGCCAUCAAGGUGCUGAAGCACAGCACGGAGAAGACAGACAAGGAUGAGAUGAUGCGCGAGGCACAGAUCAUGCACCAGCUGGACAACCCCUACAUCGUGCGGCUCAUUGGCGUCUGCCAGGCCGAGGCCCUCAUGCUGGUCAUGGAGAUGGCGGGUGGCGGGCCCCUGCACAAGUUCCUGCUUGGGAAGAAGGAGGACAUCCCCAUCAGCAAUGUGGCCGAGCUGCUGCAUCAGGUGUCUAUGGGGAUGAAAUACCUGGAGGAGAAAAACUUCGUGCACCGUGACCUGGCGGCCCGCAAUGUCCUGCUGGUUAACCGGCACUACGCCAAGAUCAGCGACUUCGGUCUCUCCAAGGCGCUGGGUGCUGACGACAGCUACUACACCGCCCGCUCAGCAGGGAAGUGGCCGCUCAAGUGGUAUGCCCCCGAGUGCUUCAACUUCCGCAAGUUCUCCAGCCGCAGUGACGUCUGGAGCUAUGGGGUCACCAUGUGGGAAGCCUUCUCCUAUGGCCAGAAGCCCUACAAGAAGAUGAAAGGCCCCGAGGUCAUAAGCUUCAUCGAGCAGGGCAAGCGGAUGGAGUGCCCGGCAGAAUGUCCGCCUGAAAUGUAUACACUCAUGAGUGACUGCUGGAUCUACAAGUGGGAGGACCGCCCAGACUUCCAGGCCGUGGAGCAGCGCAUGCGCACCUACUAUUACAGCGUGGCAAGCAAGGCUGAAGGCCCCCCAGGGUGUGGAAAAGGGCCGGAGGCUGCUUCUGUCUGAGCUGCAGCCUGCCCGGGGCCUGCAAGAUGCGAUGCCCCAGCUUCAGCUCCAUCCAAGGUCAGCUCAGCUCGUUUCUCCAAACCAGCUGGGCUGUGGUAAGGCAGGCAGCGGAGGCCUCAGGUUCAUAUGGAUCCAGUGGUCCCCACCUGGUCGCCUGUUCUCUCUGGCUGGAGGGAGGAGGGAAGGCCCUGGCAGGGUGGGAUUGUGUAACUUGCUCCUGGGCAGCUGUCUACUGGGCAGCCCUGAGCUGAGGGUGCACUGCUUACCAUAAGGGCCCUCCUUCAUCUGGGCCCUGAAGGGGAAGACUCUGGAAACUCAGGUGGCAAGCCCUCAAUCAUUGUAAUAAACUCAGCUUCUCUCUU